AUACAAGCGACAUAUAUAAAACUGAUAAGCUAACUCCCACGCGAGUGUAGGAGGUGUUGUAAAUGAAGGAGAUGGCCAGAAAAUCAUGGAGGAACACUAACUGAGAAGCAGGAAACUGGCAGAACACGCAACGAUAAAAACUCAACUGGCAACACUGCUACAUCCAAAAAACCCUCCAAAUUUCAGCGAUAACCACCAAGUUAUUCCGUUCAGGACUAAACCUCACAAUUAACCGUGUCAUUUUUACGGCCAAGUUCAAUCGCAAAACAAUUAUUUUUGUCAAAGUUUGCAGUUCAUUCACGGGUAUUAACAAUAUAUAUUCGACCCUAGUAAUAUACGAGUUUAACCGGUAAAAAUAACUGUGAAUACAAUAAAAAGUAAAAAGAAUAUUUAAUCCAAUAAAAUUCACAUGUUUUCCUCACACCUAAUCCAAACCCCCGUUUCUCAGCACACCCCUUUCUUCUUCUUCCAUACCUUGGGGUUUUAGUCUCGUUAAUGGAGUUCUAGGGUUUCAAUUUUCAUCACACCAGAUUCUCAUAUUCACACACAAAUAUCUUCUGAACAAUACUCCAAAUGUCGUAUCUAACAUUGAAAACUCCAUUUCCAACAUCACAUUCUUCAUCUUCAUCCUCUGUUCUCGCUUCAUGUAGAACCAAUCACUUGCUGCGGCUGUGUUCUUCGUCUUCAGUUUGCGUUGCCGGAAAACGAACGUUUAACCGCGGGAGAUUGAGGUUGCGAGCUGCAUCUCAGCCGCAGGAUGCUUCGGAAAGUAGCAAUAGUAGUGAUUCUCAACAACAACCUAACGGUUCUGUGACAAGCAGGAGGGAAAUGCUACUGGAGUAUGUAAAAAAUGUGCAACCAGAAUUUAUGGAGUUAUUUGUUAAAAGAGCACCUCAGCAGGUUGUAGAUGCCAUGCGCCAGACAGUAACAAAUAUGAUGGGAACUUUACCCCCUCAGUUUUUUGCAGUAACUGUUACCACCGUUGCUGAGAAUCUUGCGCAACUCAUGUACAGUGUUUUGAUGACUGGGUAUAUGUUUAGAAACGCACAAUAUCGGUUGGAAUUGCAACAAAGUUUGGAGCAAGUUGCACUUCCUGAUACAUCACAGGAGAAAAAGGAUGCACCAGAUUAUGCACCGGGGACGCAGAAAAAGGUGUCGGGGGAGGUUAUCAGGUGGAAUAAUGUUUCUGGUCCUGAAAAAAUAGAGGCAAUUAAAUACAUCGAAUUACUUGAAGCAGAAGUUGAGGAACUUAAUCGUCAAGUAGAAAGAAUAUCCGCCAAUGGAUCAAAUGAAUUGUUGGACUAUCUUAAAACCCUUGAGCCCCAAAAUCUUAAGGAUUUGACAAGUAGUGCUGGGGAGGAUGUUGUAGUUGCAAUGAACACGUUUAUAAAACGUCUUUUAGCUGUUUCAGAUCCUACUCAAAUGAAGACUAGCGUGACAGAGACAAGUGCCCCGGAACUGGCGAAGCUGCUUUAUUGGCUAAUGGUGGUCGGAUACAGUAUACGUAACAUUGAAGUCCGUUAUGAUAUGGAACGUGUUUUAGGCAGUCCACCUAAGCGUCAAGAGCUACCCCCAGCCGAGAACAUAUAAACAACCACCGAAACAAUAUCAAUAACCAACCACCAAAAUUUUCAUUAUUCCACCAAAAAUGUUGUUUCAUAUAUGACAAUGAAGUUGCUGUUUCUGUCCAGAUUUUAGCGUAUGGUUAAGGAAGCAGUUGAUUGAUUAUUGGUGUUCAAGAUUUGCCGAUGAGGGUUUUCAUAUUAGUUGUAGCAACUAUGAUUCUUGGUCUUUAUGGCAUUUCGUUUACGUCCACCUUGUAGUAACAUUAUUUAAAACUAUGCCAAUUCGGCUCAUUUACCUUGUAAUCGAGUCAAUUGGAUUUAUGUUUUUAUCUA